AUGACCGCGCCUAUCUCCGUCUCCGGUGGCUGGUGGACCUUCACCAACUACGCUCCCCUCACCACGACAUUCACCCCAGCACCCAGCUGCACCGCGUCCGACAGGUUCAGAAUCGGCUACAUCAACCACGGCUAUCCGUACCUCGAGUACGCUGUGCAGUGCACCAAGGACGUCGACUACACGGACUGCGUGCCCUCGGCCACCACAACGGCCACGAGCUGGCCAACCCCGCCGGGGCACCAUGGCUGGGCUGGUAUCGGCGGCUACUACUCGCCAGGCUUGUACUGCCCUUCCGGCUGGGAGACAAUGGGCGUGGCUGCGCGCGAUGCAAGCAGCAGCCUGACUUCGUCGGGUAUCCUGAGCACGACGCCGGCUCCGAGCACGACAAGCUCGGAUCCUAUGGCUUACUAUUACGCGACAGCGACGUGGGAUGAUCCCGCGACAAUCCUGAAAGGCGUUCUCGAGCCGGAGCAGACGAUGGCCGUUUGCUGUCCGAGCUCCUUCACCGCCGACCCCUACGGUGGCUGCUAUUCCGUCGCCACGGACUUCAAGCCCACGGUCGGCUGCGAGGCGUACAGGGGCUACAACUACGAGUUCGGCGAUACGACCGUCGCCUACUCGUACCACGGCAUCACGAGCACGAGAGUCAUGGAAGUUCCCACCAUCACCGUGUACAAGUCCAGCACUAUCACGCACACCUUCAACCGCUUCGAGAUCGCGAGUGACCGCUACUCCGCCAUCUCGUACGUCCCCAUGAUCACGCUGCUGCACCACCAGUCGGACGUGGCGUCUGCCAGCUUGGCGUCUGCGUCUGCGUCUGCGGCUGCAGCUGCGGCCAGUGCUAAUGCGACGGCGUCGGCCGCAGCUACGUCUAAUGCGGCGGUGAGGUUGGGCGGGCGUUCUGGGUAUGAUGGGGUGGGUGCUGUCGUGGGGGUUGCGGUGGCGGCGAUGGCGCUGGGGGCUGCUAUAGUUCUCCAGUAG